GGGCGGAAACAAUGGCUUUCCUUAUGAAAACUAUGAUAAGUAGUCAGGUAAAGAAUUUAGGACUUGGUGGCAGGUCUGAAGAAAAAAAAGAAGAAGGUACAUCUGAUCCUGCAGCAGCUCAGGGGAUGACUAGAGAGGAAUAUGAGGAAUACCAAAAGCAAGUGAUCGAGGAGAAGAUGGAAAGAGAUGCUGCAUUUACACAAAAAAAGGCAGAGAGGGCGGGCCUCAGAGUUCACCUCAGAGAAAAGUACAGACUCCCAAAGAGUGAAACGGAUGAGAACCAAAUCCAGAUGGCUGGAGGUGACGUGGAUUUGCCCGAAGAUCUCCGGAAAAUGGUCGAUGAGGAUGACGAAGGGGAAGGAGAUAAGGGUUCUGUUCUUGGGCAGUUACAGAAUCUCCAGAACAUGGACUUGGAUUCCAUAAAAGAAAAAGCCCAGGCCACCUUCUCGGAAAUCAGGCAGACAGCGGAGCAGAAGUGUUCUGUGAUGUGA